AUGGAAGAACGGCAACGUCAAGAACCACCGCCGUCGGACACCUCACCUCUUGAACUCCACCCUCCUCCUCCCGCGCUGCUAUACGCUCCAAACAACCCGUCACUGCUUCAGCUUCCUGGCUACGACGACGCCGUUGCACCGCAGCCUCUUCCGGAGAUCGAUUGGGUCAGCCUUCUCUCUGGCGGCGGCGGCGGCCUUCAGGGGCUGCUCGCCACCGGGGAUCUCUACGAUUAUAGGGCUCAUCAAGCGGCGGCCACGUCAGCGGGAGGUUUAAUGAUGGAGAGGAAUGCUUCUUCUGAUCCUCGUGGGUAUAAUAAUAACAACGGAGAGAACGCGAGGAAUGGUGGCGGUGAUCAACAUCAUCGUCGAAGUGGGUCGAGGAAAUCGGCGGCGAGGCCGAGGUUCGCUUUCCAGACGAGGAGCGCCGACGACAUUCUCGACGACGGAUACCGCUGGAGGAAGUACGGGCAGAAGGCCGUCAAAAACAGCGCCUAUCCUAGGAGUUACUACAGGUGCACGCACCACACAUGCAACGUGAAGAAGCAAGUGCAGAGGCUGUCGAAGGACACCAGCAUCGUGGUGACAACCUACGAGGGAAUCCACAACCAUCCUUGCGAGAAGCUCAUGGAAACCCUAACCCCUCUCCUCAAGCAGAUGCAGUUCCUCGCCGCCGCCGCUGCCGCCGGCAGGUUCUAG